AUGAGGUUCACACCAUCCAUGCUUCAACAUGCCGUGGAGAUCUUCAGCAGCAACGCAGAAAGCAUUGGUGGCCGCUCGCGCAGUGCGCGCCGCGAGGCGUUGUCUGAAGCUGCGCGCCGCAUGGUGGAUGAUGCUCCUCGUCAUUCGCUUGAAGAUGCCCAGCAUCAGCACCUCGUGACAGGCCUGAAAAACAGCGCAAGGAAAUGGCCGAAGAAGGUCCUCCAGGGUGUGGAGCAGCGGAACACUCCAACGCCAGCUGGCGGGCCUGGUUGGCUUCAAAGCUGCUGGCGGCCUGCGACGCAGCUUGGCUGGACAUCGGCUCAAUGCACCGGGUAG